AUGUCAAAAUCAAAUUGGAUUCUGCUCUGUGUAGUUAAUUCAAUUGAUGAUGUUAAAGCUGUAGCUAAAUCACAUAAUGUGUGUCAAUAUCGAACAAAUAAUCUUAAAGAUCAUUCAAAAUACUCAUUUAAAUGUAGUCAAUAUCGUAAAUAUUUAUCAUGUAAUUAUGAACUCAAAGCAGUUGUAUCUGAUGAUGAUCCUAACUCAAUUACGGUAAUGUUCAAAAAUACUCACAAUCAUAGUGACCGUAACCAAACAUCUCGUUUACCAACUCCACUUCGACAAUCUGUUUCAAAAUAUGUUCGUGCUGGUUUAACAGAACCUCAAAUUCGUUCGUCGCUCGCAAUUGGUCAUCCAAAAUAUGAGAUGUAUUCUAAAAAAUUUGGUGAUCAAAAUAUGCUUUCAUAG